AGUUUAAUUAUUUUGUCCUUUGUAGGCUGACCAGUGUACGGGUCUGCAGGGAUUCCUGAUCUUCCACAGCUUUGGAGGUGGGACAGGUUCUGGCUUCACCUCUCUGUUGAUGGAACGCCUAUCUGUUGACUAUGGCAAAAAAUCAAAGCUGGAGUUCUCCGUUUACCCUGCUCCCCAGGUUUCCACUGCAGUAGUAGAGCCUUACAACUCUAUCUUGACCACUCACACCACCCUCGAGCACUCUGAUUGCUCAUUCAUGGUGGACAACGAGGCCAUCUUUGACAUUUGCAAGCGUAAUCUGGACAUAGACCGUCCGUCCUACAGCAACCUGAACAGACUAAUUGCGCAGAUAGUUUCUUCCAUCACCGCUUCUUUGCGAUUUGAUGGUGCUCUCAAUGUGGAUCUGACUGAGUUCCAGACCAAUUUGGUUCCGUACCCUCGUAUCCAUUUCCCACUGGUUACCUACUCCCCUAUUAUAUCUGCUGAGAAAGCCUACCAUGAGCAGCUGUCUGUGGCCGAGAUCUCUAAUGCUUGCUUUGAGCCAGCCAACCAGAUGGUGAAAUGUGACCCUCGUCGUGGCAAAUACAUGGCCUGUUGCUUGCUCUAUCGUGGAGACGUGGUACCUAAAGAUGUCAAUGCUGCUAUUGCCAGCAUCAAGACCCGUCGCUCGAUCCAGUUUGUGGACUGGUGUCCCACCGGUUUCAAGGUGGGAAUCAACUACCAGCCUCCCACUGUAGUACCUGGGGGAGAUCUGGCCAAGGUCCAAAGGGCUGUAUGCAUGCUGAGUAACACUACUGCAAUUGCGGAAGCCUGGAGUCGCUUGGAUCACAAGUUUGACCUGAUGUAUGCCAAGAGGGCAUUUGUGCACUGGUAUGUUGGUGAGGGAAUGGAAGAAGGUGAGUUCUCUGAGGCCAGAGAGGACAUGGCUGCCUUGGAAAAGGAUUAUGAGGAGGUUGGAGCAGAUUCUGCUGAAGAUGCUGAUGAAGAGGAGGAGUACUAAAAUUGUUCUGUUGUAAUGGAGGUAUUUUUUUUGUAAGAAUGUUGAAUUAAACAAAAAUUAGCAUGUAGUCUGUGUUCUUGAUUUACUUCAGUUGAUUGAGGUGGCAUACAUUUAAAGUGUUCAAACUCUGUUUACAUGUCAAAGAUUGGGUCGAAGUCUUGUGUAUGGCCCACUGAAGAACCAUGUACAACCAUAAACAUUUUGUCCAAGAUGAACCAAAAACUAAACAGGCUGCACUAAGGUGUUGGUGGCUUUUUUUUUUUUUUUUUUUUUUUUUUUUUUUUUUUUAAAGAUUUUUUUUAUUAUUACUUUUAAAUAAAUGAUCUUGCAAUUCCUGUUUAACUGGCAUUGCUAAUGUUCUUUGGCACAGGAUUUGAGUUUUGGGGUGACUCUUUAUUUAUUUACUCUAUAUUUUUUGUAAACCACCACCUCUUCCAACAGUUGAGCUAAGACUGAUCCAAGAGAACAGCAGGUCUUCCUCUAACAGAUGUGCUUUGGAUGGUCUCUACUUCUGUAGAUCAAAUAGUUAUGGCCCCCUUUGCUUCUAUAACUGCCUACAAUCUUUUGUGAAGGCUUUCCACUGAAUUUUUGGACCGUUGUGGUGGGGAUUUGUGCCCAUUCAGCCACAAGAGCAUUUGUGAGAUUGGGUGUUGAUGUUAAGUGAGAAGGCUGGGUGCACAGUCAACAUCCCAAUUUACCAAUCCCAAAUGUGUUUAGUGGGAUUGAGGUCAGGGCUCUGUGCAUGCCACUCAAUUCCUUCCACACCAACAUUGGCAAACCAUGUGUUUAUGGACCUUGUAUUGUGUGCAUCAGCAUUAUCACACUAGAUAAGCUUUGGGCCUUUUAAUUCCAAUGAAUGAAAAAUUUAUGCUACAGUACGAAUAUAUGGUAGACAGUCAUGCUCCCAACUUCAUAGUAAUGGUUAGGGGAAGGUCCACAUGUGACUGUGAUGAUCAGGUGUCCACAUAAAUUUGGCCAUAUACUAUGAAUCUGACCCAAAAUGUUUCAUGAACAAAGGACAAACGGUGACAAGGGAAAAGGCAACUGUGUCUUACUAAGAUUUAGGACUACAAUUCUUCAGAACAGCUUCAAUGUACCUUGAAAUAGAUUCUAUAUGUCU